GGCGCCGGUCCCCUUCCACUUUGUGUCCGGCCCCUGACCGUCCGCUCCGGGAAUUGAGGGAACCUUGGGUCGCCCUGGGCACGGGCUCACGUGGUCCGGGGCAGGAGCUAGGGGUAGUAACUGCUCCCUGACAGGCUGAAGGGGUGAGGACACACCAGGCCCGCCCUCCACCUGCUCAGCCGAGCGGGUGCAGCGCCGGUCACCGCGGAGGAAGCCGCGCGAGUUCGGGUGCCGCAGCAGUCGCACAGUCUAGAAGCCACCCACCCACUCCUCUAACGCCGUGCCCUUCCCUCCCCUGCCAGCUCUCCACCAUGCCCGGGGGCGUGCCCUGGUCCGCCUACGUGAAAAUGCUCUCUUCCAGCCUCCUGGCCAUGUGCGCCGGGGCCCAGGUAGUGCACUGGUACUACCGGCCUGACCUGACAAUACCUGAAAUCCCACCAAAGCCUGGAGAACUCAAAACGGAGCUUUUGGGACUGAAAGAGAGACACCACGAACCUCAGGUUUCACAGCAGUAGAAACUUCAAAAUACAACUCUGCCAAGAAUUCUGUGAAUAAUAUUUUCCAUACAUAUUUUUUAAUGUAUUGAGUAAAACUACUUCUUCAAACAUCUAAUCUAAGAACAAAUGAUGGUUGAUAGGAACUGAUAAGGUAGAGCCUGUAUUAUGAUCCGGUCAGUAUUUUCUAAAGUCUCACCUGGAGCUCACUGUGUAGAUCACGCUGGCCUCUGCAACAAGGUCUUGCUAUGUAGCCCAAGCUGACCUCAGGACAGUCCUCCAGCCCCCACUUCCCAAAUGGUGAAUUACAGGUAUGAAGGACUGCACUCAUAAGAGCUGCCCAAGCUUCAGUCUCCUGCAUUCGACUGAGAAGAUGCUUAUCUUCAGCGUCACAUGAGACUGAGACUGUAUAAAAUAUUCAAAAUUCAAAGUUCUUUGGAAUUGUGUGCCUGAUGGAAUUGCAACAUUAGUAAGGUGCUUAAAUCCCCCAAAAUUUGAGAAAGUGAAUUAAAAUUGGCAUUUUCUUUAUACACAUAAAAAUGAAUGUGCAGUUGAA